AUGACGAUAUCCUACGUCUCACUGAUCGCCGCCGGUCGUUUAUACUGUGAAAUCCGAUCGCCGGAGAUACUUUGCAAUUCGAAAAAUUUGAGCUCUUUUUUUUUUCCUGAGAAAAUGGGUGGUGGCCAUGUGGUUUACAAGGGCCCAAGCAUUGUUAAGGAGAUUCUCAUCGGAAUUGGGCUUGGCCUGGCGGCCGGAGCAUUAUGGAAAAGGCACCAUUGGAACAACCAGAGAAGAACUAAGGAGUUUUACGAAAUGCUCGAGAAAGGCGAAAUUAGUGUCGUGCGAGAGGAUGAGUAG